GAUAAAUCCUUCAGCUGUUGAAGAACUGAAGCAAAUACCGAGUUCACUAAGGAUGGACUGGGGGGUCUACAGUUACAUUAUAUUCGGCCUAGUGAUGUAUACCACAAGAUUACCCCUAACUACGUUAGUAAAGCCUCUGGAGAGUGAUAAUCAUCCAGAAACAAAUGAACCAACUGAUGUUGAUAUGCUCACCAAAAUCAUUAAAUCCAAUAAAGUAACAGAUAACCUUCCAAAAACAAAUGAAUCAACUGAUGCUGAAAUGGUCACCAAAAACAUCACACACAAUGAAGAUGAUCAUCCAGAAACAAAUGAACCAACUGAUGAAGAAGAUAUUGUCACCAAAAUCUUAGCAUCCAAUAAAGGCAUUGCACAAAUCUUGCACCAGGGAGACAUUGCCGUACACGUCGGACGCAGCACCUCAAAAUGUAAUAAUUGCAAGUGGGACACGUCCUAUAAUGGCAGAGUCUCUGUUCCUUAUGUUGUGUCAUCUGAUUACAAUAGUCGCCAUCUCGCCCUGAUAACUGCGGCUAUGCAGGAGUAUGAAACGCUGACUUGCGUGGAUUUUGUGCCUAGGACCAAUGAGAAGAAUGCCAUCAAUAUAAAUAAUGGAAAUGGAUGUUGGUCCUACAUUGGAAGGGCUGGCGGCAUUCAGGAAGUGUCUUUGUCAAAUCGAAGCUGCAUGUCUAAAGGAAUUAUUCAGCAUGAGAUUAAUCACGCCCUGGGAUUUGUGCACGAGCACGUUAGAUCUGAUCGGGAUCAAUAUGUGGACGUUGUAAUGAAAAAUAUUGCACCAGAUGCGGUGGACAACUUUGCUAUAGAGGUCACAGACAAUCUGGGACUCCCUUAUGACUAUAAAUCAGUGAUGCAUUAUGGCAGGAAUGCUUUUUCUAUUUCACCCCAACUACCUACCUUAAUUACCAAGCCAGACCCUAAUAUUCCAAUCGGACAGAGAGAUGGUCUGACCAACCUGGAUAUCGCUAAAAUAAACAAGUUCUAUAAAUGUGAUAUCUGCAGUACAUUGCUCUCUGAUACCAAUGGGACUCUCUUUUCUCCCUAUUAUUCCUCUGCGUACCCCAAUAAUGUAAACUGUGUCUGGCUGAUCCGGAUCCCAUCCAAGCAGGUCGCAGUCCAGUUCAUGGAGUUCAAUCUCCAGGACUCUCAGAACUGUGUUUCUAAUUAUGUGAAGAUUUACGACGGCGCCACAAGAUCUGAUCCGGUGCUGCUGGACAAGGCUUGUGGGUCCCCACUUUUGCCUCCAAUAAUAUCUACAUCUAACCUGAUGCUUUUGGAGUUUGUCACCAAUGCAGGCCAAAAACUGUCUGGCUUCAAGGCUACAUACAGCACAGUAAGCUGUGGAGGAACCUACAUCAGCCAGUCAAAUAACUUCAGUUCUCCUGGAUAUCCUGCUGAGUAUCCACCAUCAACCACCUGCACUUGGUCUAUUUAUGCCCCUGUAGGAUCCAAGAUUGUACUAUCAAUUAAUGACAUUGACCUGGAAUAUGGGCUCCGGUGCAUGUUUGACAGCCUGAUUAUUUAUGACGGAUACAAGACCACCUCUCCAAUCCUGAAACGUGCAUGUGGGAAUUCCAGUGUUGCAAAACAGGUUUCCAGCGGCAGAUCCAUGCUCUUGGUGUUUAGCAGUGAUAUUUCUGUUCAAAUGAAAGGGUUCCAGGCUUCAUACACUUUAAAGUCUGCAAACUGAAGAAGAGGCGUUUGAUUAAAGGGAUAUUCCACAAUGGUGACUGAAUCUGAAGAGGUUUUAAGGGGACGCACCUGAUUUGUGUGGGAUCCAGAAUGGAAUCCAUCUGCUAAUAUAGUAAAUAAGUGUUUAUAGGGGUUGGGUUAGGGUAGAUCAGUUAGACAAGCAGAUAUUUCACAUUGUUACAGUAGACUGAAAUCUGCUUGUAAAGAUUAAUACCGAUUGCUAAUGUUUCAUUUUUCUGUAUAUUUCAGCAUGUGUAAAUUUGAUGUCAAUAAACUAUUUCUAAACUAAUUCUGCUAAUGAAUGUUUAAUGGAUGUUUAAUAAAUGUUGAAAUUGAUGCUGCGAGCUUCCUAGGUUCUGAAAUUAAGCUCCAGAAAGUGGUUAUAACAUCCCAUAAUUUAAAGCAGGAGAGAAAUCAAAAUGUAGACAAUAUGCAAGCUUCUUCUUGCUCUUGCUCUUGUGUAAAGUGCCCUUAUGUUUUGGCCAACAGUCCUGACGAUUAAAUAUAUUAAAAAAUAUUUAACUGCUGGGAAUCCAGGUCUUCCCCUAUUUUGCAAUAUUUAGUAAAUCGGCCCUAAUGUAUUUGAGUGCCAAGUAGUGACAAAGAGCUGUUGGCCAAAAAAUGUUAUGGGCACUUUAUACCCAGCUUUUAGUGUUUUGAGCAAUGUGUCCAUUCGUCAGAAUGACUUCGACUGCUGACAACACUCAAAUUCAAUUCUGUGUUAUGAGGUGUGAGAGCUCAGCAUCAUUGCUGGACUUUAACACCGUACUAACUUAUUUAGCCUCUGAAAUGUGAGUGGCUUAACAAUUCAAUAAAACUUUAGAGCUGUGUUUAAAGUUGAA